AUUUCUUACAUGCCUAUCUUUAAGUUUCUGUAUCCCCAUCUCUUGUUAAAAAAGUGCCACCACUAACACCUGCCUUGUUGAGUCUGUCUCUCUUGAAACCAUCAUUCAGACUGUUCAUUUUAUAGCAACACAUUGAUCCAGUCAUUAAUAAAUCAAUGUAUGAAUCACCUCCAAUUGAAAGGAAAUAAACUGGAUCUCCACCGCAGCAGUUUUACCUUGGAUUGAGCAAAGAUUUCUUCAACUUUUCUGAGAACUAUUUGAAGAGGCAUGACUAAUUACGAUCCAGAAAUGAAAGACCAAACCACAUCCUCCUUUGUCGUCUUGACUGUCUUCUUCAUCCUGGUCACCCUCGUUGCCCUCCUGGUCGUCCUGUACAUGUGGCUAAACCGCCAGACUAAUGGCCAGUACACAGUCCACCAACUGGUCCUUGGGGAGGGUGGGGCCAGGGACCGGGUGAGGGGCGGGGUCCAAGUCCUGGAGGUGUGGUUCAGGCGUCGCCUUUGGCCUCUCAGUGAGGAUGAGGAGACUGUAGGAGAGGAGGAACGGAGAGACAAAGAGGAGGAUGUAGAGAGAGUGAGUGAGGGAGGGGAAAGUGAGGGGGAGGGGAAGAAGGAGGAGGGGGAUGAGAGGGAGGGCAGAGUGGACGACUCUUUGGAUGACUACUCCAGUGCGGAGGGCUGUGGCCUGACGGAGAGUGUGAAGGUCAUGGACGAGAAGAAGGAGAGGAGAGAGUGUGAGGGGAAGCGAGAGGAGAAUAUGGAAGAAAAGGGGGAUAGCAAAGGUGAUGAGGGAGCAGUGGGAGGAGAAGAAAGUGGACGGGGAGGUUUGCUGAUACACCUGCAUCAGUCCUCUGGUAGUGCUAUCUGGUCUGAAGAUUAUGAGGGAGGCAAAGACAACAAUCAUGUGACUGUAUUGUGAGGAAAGGAUCAGAAAGGGGAAAGAGUUCCAUUAAUACAUUUUUGUACAGUAAUAGCGCUUGACAGAACAUUGGCUACUUCAUCAUCACCAUCAUCAUCAUUGUCAUAAUUGUCAUAAUUUUAAACCUUACAAACCAGUGUUAUAACAAUCAAGGCAGAAAACAACAGAGUGUACUAAAUCAAUCCAAUCAUCAAAGUGACUGACAAGAGCAACAAUUGCAGCUUGAAUACAUGAAGCUAUAUUAAUGUAUUUUAGAUAUAAAAUGUAAUUUUUAAACGGUUUCAAAGUUUCAUGGGUUUCAAAGUUUUGGGGUUUGCACUGUUGCUAUGAGAUGAUAUGUAUUGUAAAUAUUUGUGUUCUGUAUAUUUUAUGAAUUUAAUAGCUAUUUAGAUCCUUCUUCCUGGAGAUCUACUGUCCUGUAGGUUUUCAGUCUAGUCCUAAUUUAGCAUAUCUGAUUCAACUAGUUAAGGUACUGUUGAGCAGCUAAUUAGUAGAAUCAGGUCUGUUAAAUUAGGGUUGGACUGAAAACCCACAGGACGGUAGAUCUCCAGGAAGAGGGUUGUGCAGCCCUGGCCUAUGGCUUGACUUUGUGCUAUACUGUUUCAUGUCUUAUGUGCAUGAUGUUUAUUUCCAGAGUGACAAUUUUAUACUUUUUGUUAUCUGAUACAACUUAAAGGCCCAGUGCAGUCAAAAUUAUGUUUUGUAUCAUGUUGUACAGCAACUCAUGGAACAAACACUGUAAAAGUGUGAAAAGAUUUGAUCAGUGUUAUUCCUGAUAGUUGCUGGUUGAAAAUACAAUCUACACAGGGCCUUUACAUUUUUAUUUUUGAUGAGAGACUGAGUGUAAUUUUUUUUUAAAGGCUGGAACAUGUUGUUGAAUCGUAUAGUUUUAUGUUAUAAUUCUGUAAUGUAUUGAUUGUUGUUGCCUUUUUGGCCAGGUCUCCAUUGAAAAAGAGGGUCUUAAUGUGCUUUUCCUGUUUAAAUGAAGGUUAAGAACAUUUUUUAAAUCAGCAGGUUUGCAUGGCAUUCCCCUCCCACUCAGACCACUUCCUGACAGUCCUAUCAAAAACUAUUAUAGUAAGGUUCUUAAUUGUUACCCAGAAGUAAUUUGAUAUUGAUAUAAAAACGGUUGCAUGAGGCUUUUAA